UAUAUAAAAAUCAUAACUCAAAACACACAGGUCAAUCCUGCUGAAGCCAGUUUGAGAAGACCACAGCACCAGCACCAUGCCUAUGAUACUGGGAUACUGGAACGUCCGAGGACUAACACAUCCGAUCCGCCUGCUCCUGGAAUACACAGACUCAAGCUAUGAGGAGAAGAAAUACACCAUGGGAGACGCUCCAGACUUUGACAGAAGCCAGUGGCUGAAUGAGAAAUUCAAGCUGGGCCUGGAUUUUCCCAAUCUGCCCUACUUAAUUGAUGGAUCACACAAGAUCACCCAGAGCAAUGCCAUCCUGCGCUACCUUGCUCGCAAAAACCACCUGUGCGGCGAGACAGAGGAGGAGAGGAUCCGUGCAGACAUUGUGGAGAACCAGGUCAUGGACACCCGCAUGCAGCUCAUCAUGCUUUGUUACAACCCUGACUUUGAGAAGCAGAAGCCAGAGUUCUUGAAGGCCAUCCCUGAGAAAAUGAAGCUCUACUCUGAGUUCCUGGGCAAGCGGCCAUGGUUUGCAGGGGACAAGGUCACCUACGUGGAUUUCCUUGCUUAUGACAUUCUUGACCAGUACCGUAUUUUUGAGCCCAAGUGCCUGGACGCCUUCCCAAACCUGAAGGACUUCCUGGCCCGCUUCGAGGGCCUAAAGAAGAUCUCUGCCUACAUGAAGAGUGGCCGCUACCUCUCAACACCUAUAUUUUCAAAGAUGGCCUACUGGUGUAACAAGUAGGCCCCUGCCAUGCUGGCACGCACAGGGAGGACCUGUCCACACUGGAUCCUGCAGGCCCUGGGUAGGGACAGCACCCUGCCCUUCUGCACUGUGGCUCCCGGUUCUCUCUCCUUCCUGCUCCCUUCUGCAGCUUUGUCAGCCCCAACUCCUGACCCAACCAUACAACCCUUUUCUGAGAUUUGAGGUCUGUCCUGAACUCAGGCUCCCUAGAAUUACCCAGAUGGUCAAUGCUCGUGCAGCCUAUUCCUGGUGGAGGAGCUGCCCCAGGCCUGUCUCAUCUACAAUAAAGCCUGAAACACACUU